ACCUUCGACCUUCCCCUCCUCUCCUUCUACAAUUUCUCCUCACUUACUCUCAUGAUCUCACCUUCAAUUUUCCCUUUUUUUUGAUUUAAUUAUUUAUGUUAAAUUAAUUUUUAUUUAUAUUUGAUGCAAAAAAUAUAUAUUUUGGUAUUAAUUGACGGGGAAUAGAGAUGGAAAGCAAAAUUUAUCCCUCAUAAAAAAUCUCCACGGGGAAUGGUGGGGACGAGAACGAGGAUGGAGAUGGGGACGGGGAUGGGGACGGAGACGGACUCCCCGGUUCCGUGGGACCCCGUUGAUAUCCCUAUUCACCAUUUAUUUGCGGCAGAUGACCGAUUGCCAUUUAAGGCCAACUUUGUGUUGAUAGUUCAAGAAAUUGAGGAGCUUCCUUACCACUUCAUUUAAGAAAUAAUAAUUAUUAAGGAUUUAAUUGCUGAUAUUUGAUGGAAAAGUAGGGUUUUUCAAAAGAACAUCCUAAAAUGGAAUCUGCUCCCCUCCUCCGGUCCCCAUUUCUUCCUUUGAGACCAAGAACGGAUUCCAGCUUUCUUUAACCCUUCUCUAUUUCAUGCACCAGAAAAACAUGUAUAUGCGUUGAAAGAUGACAAAACUCUAUGGAAGAAAAACAUGGUUGAAGGGAAAUAUGAUCGAUUGAGGACUCAAUUGUGGAUGGAAGGCGAAAUUCUGCAAAAAUCAAAGGGAUUUGGGGAAAAUUAAAGGGAUUCAAUGCACUUUACUUGUUCUAUUCGUUUCUUGUUCCUGCUAUAUCACUGGAAUCCCUGAACUGUAAUCCUUAUAUCAAUCCGAUCACAGGGUUAAAGGUUGCAGUAGAGUGGUCAUGGAUUGGCUCAGUGCUUCUGCACGUCCUAUGAUAGUUUUUGAUCUUGAUCAUACAAUGGAUCCAUCUGCUGUAACUGUCCGUCCUACUGGUGUUGAGAAACCUCUACAUGAACGCAUACAUGAAUUGAAAGGGUGGUAUGGAGACAAGCAGGGAAAAAGGUUUCGGGUUUGGGUAGAUUGUGUAUUAUCUACACAGACUGAUUCAAGCACAUGGCUGGUGAAUUUUGAUAAAGUGGGAGCAGUGUGGUGACGUGCGGUGCUGUUGUGCUAACUUUUUGAAAUGAUUUGCUUAGAUGAUUGACUUGUGGACUUCAAGAGGGUGAUGGUUCACAUGGGUUCACCCGGAUACGUCUACAACAGGCGUGGCUAUAAGGAUAAUAAAUAAAAGAUCAUUCAGCUAGGCUGUUCUAGAUUAGAUAUUAUCCCUGACCUUUCCAGCUCCAGAGUAGUAUUCAAUUGAAGUGAGUGUACCAAUGAUGUUAAUAUUUCAUUUCUUAUAUAUAAAACUAUUCACAGCCA